GUCAAACAUUUGUCUGACGUUACAUCCGUAGCAUCUAUGCGCAGCAAUCAUUUGUAUUUCGCGCACGAAGAGAAGUGUUUGUGAUCAUCUGUUACUCCAUCAGAUUCAGAGUGUGUGUCACCCACAGCAAACGACCAUGGCGAAUCAAUCAAUUGAUAUCAUAACGAAGGUUUUGGAGCAGUCAGCCAAGCUGGUGGAGGAGAAGGUUGAUGCACAGUUGAGCAAACUGAGUGAAAUGGAUGAAGAUGAUUUGGAAAGACUAAAGGAGAAAAGAUUAGAGGCACUAAAGAAAGCCCAGAAACAGAAACAGGAGUGGUUGUCUAAAGGCCAUGGAGAGUACAGAGAAGUACCAAGUGAGAAAGACUUUUUUGGCGAGGUCAAGGAAAGCAAAAAUGUUGUCUGCCACUUCUACAAAAAUUCCACAAUAAGAUGUAAGAUCCUCGACAAACACUUGGCCAUCUUGGCAAAGAAGCAUGUUGAGACCAAAUUCAUCAAACUGAAUGUGGAAAAAGCCCCAUUUCUGACAGAGAGGCUGCGGAUCAAGGUUAUUCCUACGCUGGCCCUGCUAUUAGACGGAAAAACAAAGGACUAUGUGGUUGGAUUCACCGACCUGGGAAACACAGACGAGUUCACUACAGAGAUGCUUGAAUGGCGUCUAGGCUGUGCAGAAGUUAUUAACUACAGUGGUAACCUGAUGGAGCCUCCUACAAUGACACAGAGGUCAGGCACAAAGUUCACAAAGGUGGAGAAGAAAACCAUCAGAGGGCAAGCUUACGACUCAGAUUCUGAUUCAGGAGAUGACUGAAAAGUCAAGUCUUCUCAUUUGGGGCUACCUCACUUAAAGUCUAGCAGACAGCCCACUUUCAUUUUUCUACAUCCCUUCUCUAUUACUUACAUAUUCAUUACCAGUUUGCAUAUUUUAAUUUAAAAAUCAAAUUAUUUUGCAAAGGCAGUUAGAAUUAUAGCAUCAGCCUUAUUUAAUGAAUUGUCUGCCAUGUUUUGUGUUUGAAUUUAAAAUACUUCCAAGAACAAGGAAACAUUACAUUUGAAAUUGUAGAGGAUACAGUAUGUGUCACUGAGCCAGUUGUUGAUUUUGUCCCUUUUAUUGGAUAAAACCUUGAAGAUUUGUCUUGAAUUACAGGCGCACUCAUUAAGGUAGUUCUGUUUAUUUCUUGUUUCCUUGUAACUGUGUGUGUCUAAUGUUAGACAGAAACCAUGAUGCAUGAAGUGCCAAGAUCAUCCUUUUGCAUCAGAAUACAUUUUUACAUGACAUUUCCUUAUAGCAAGACAUUGACUUAACUAAUGCAGACUUAAUAAAAAGUAUACUUGUGCUCCUA